CAAAAGAAAUGACUCCCAUUUUCUCUAGAAGGAAGAAACAUCCUUUUAAAGUUCCUUUUGAGGGCCACUGCAACACCUACGAACUUAAUUAAAAACUCUAAAAGACUUCCGGCGUUAUUACAUUGUCAUGACACCAGAUUCCACUGGUUGGGCAUUUCCCUCUCAUCUCAGCCUUGCCCCCCUCCCCAACUCCCCCCAAAUCCACUGCUGUACGUCUGAAAAUCUGUAAAUCUGUAAUUGGUCUGGUGACUUUUAAAGCAAGAGAGGCCUCGGGAAUAGCUUAUUUUUGGAAGUGUAAGAAUUUCCCAAGGAUUAGGACACCAUAAUAAAACUAGUUGCUAUUGUAUUAAAAUAUUACUUCAGUUGUUCACGACAAAGUUUGAGUUAACUUGAAAUGCAUUAUUUGCCGGCUGUGUACACCCUCCUUUCUCUGAACGUUAAUCAGCAUAAUUAUUGGUCCCCAAUGAAACAAGCAUGGAAAAAAAAAUCGAAAGAUGCAAAACUUAGUUGUGAAAAGGACCAAAAUUUCCUAGACCUCAGGGAUUGUUCUCAGUAGUUAGGCACUAAGUUUGCUCUCAGCCCAGAACUUGUAAAGUUGUUUUGGAGAACGGCCCCAGCUCGGUCAAGGCCCAUUUGGUUUUGCAUCUGAAGAGUGUAAAAUUCCCCGACUGGGAGUAAUAGCCUACAGGGCGAAACCCAGAGCUGCACAAGGGCGGGCACACACGCUGCCGCGCUGGGCGCAUGGUGCAGGCGGGUCGGUUCGGCUCCCCGGCCCCCGGGUUCGAGGCUCCGGGGUCAGCCCUGCUCUGGGCUCCGCGCCCGGGCGCGGGUCCGAGCCGCCAACUUCGGGCCAAUCAGCGCGCGGCGUCCGGCGCCCGCAGCGCCCCGGCCCGCGCCCCCCGCGCCCCCGCGGCAGCAAUGGCAGCAGCGGCCUCGGCGGCUCCGGGCCGAGCCAGACCCGGGACGAGGAGGGGCUGAGCCGCGGGGGAUCCUGGAAUCGGCGGGGAGGUGGGGAUUCUGGGAGGAAAACUCCAUUUCCUCCUUCCCCGCCGGCCUCUCCCCUCCACCCUGGCACCCCAAGUUUCGAUGUGUCGCCUCCCGGGCGCAGAGCGCCGGUAUUGAGCGAGGCGGCGGCCAACGCGGCUGGCAAAAUGCUGGGCAUGUACGUGCCGGACAGGUUCUCCCUGAAGUCCUCCCGGGUUCAGGACGGGAUGGGGCUCUACACGGCCCGCAGAGUGAGAAAGGGUGAAAAGUUUGGACCAUUUGCUGGAGAGAAGAAAAUGCCUGAAGACUUGGAUGAAAAUAUGGAUUACAGGUUGAUGUGGGAGGUUCGUGGGAGUAAGGGAGAAGUUCUAUACAUUUUGGAUGCUACCAACCCGCGACACUCCAACUGGCUUCGCUUUGUUCAUGAGGCACCAUCUCAGGAACAGAAGAACUUGGCUGCCAUUCAAGAAGGAGAAAAUAUUUUCUAUUUGGCAAUUGAAGAUAUAGAAACAGAUACAGAGCUUCUGAUUGGCUACUUGGACAGUGACAUGGAGGCUGAUGAUGAAGAACAGCAAAUUAUGACAAUGAUCAAAGAAGGAGAAGUCAAAAAUUCUAAAGGACAAUCAACAGCUGGCAGAAAAGAUCGCUUUGGCUGUAAAGAGGACUAUGCCUGUCCCCAGUGUGAAUCGAGUUUUACCAGUGAGGAAAUUCUUGCUGAGCAUCUUCAGACAUUGCACCAGAAACCCACAGAGGAGAAGGAAUUUAAGUGCAAGAGCUGCGGGAAGAAAUUCCCAGUUAAGCAGGCUUUGCAAAGACAUGUUCUUCAGUGCUCAGCAAAAAGCAGUCUGAAGGAUUCUUCACGAAGUUUUCAGUGCUCUGUUUGCAAUUCUUCCUUCAGCUCAGCGUUGAGUUUUGAGCAGCACCAGGAGACUUGCCGGGGAGAUGCCAGGUUUGUGUGCAAGGCUGACAGCUGUGGAAAGAGGCUGAAGAGCAAGGAUGCCCUGAGAAGACACCAGGAAAAUGUCCACGCCGGAGAUCCUAAGAAAAAGCUCAUAUGUUCAGUGUGCAAUAAAAAGUGUUCUUCAACAUCAAGCCUACAGGAACAUAGGAAGAUUCAUGAGAUAUUUGAUUGUCAAGAAUGUAUGAAGAAAUUCAUUUCAGCUAAUCAGCUAAAACGUCAUAUGAUCACCCACUCAGAAAAACGACCCUAUAAUUGUGAGAUUUGUAAUAAAUCUUUCAAGAGGCUUGAUCAAGUGGGUGCCCACAAAGUAAUACACAGUGAAGAUAAGCCUUACAAAUGCAAGCUUUGUGGAAAGGGAUUUGCUCACAGAAAUGUUUACAAGAAUCACAAGAAGACCCACUCUGAAGAGAGGCCCUUCCAGUGUGAGGAGUGUAAAGCUUUGUUCCGGACCCCAUUUUCUUUGCAGAGACACCUGCUCAUCCAUAACAGUGAGAGGACUUUCAAGUGUCAUCACUGUGAUGCUACCUUUAAAAGGAAGGAUACCUUAAAUGUUCAUGUCCAGGUGGUCCAUGAAAGACACAAGAAGUACAGAUGUGAGCUGUGUAAUAAAGCGUUUGUUACACCUUCAGUGCUUAGAAGUCACAAGAAGACACACACAGGAGAAAAGGAGAAAAUCUGCCCAUAUUGUGGCCAGAAGUUUGCCAGCAGUGGUACACUGCGAGUUCAUAUCCGCAGCCACACAGGUGAGCGUCCCUAUCAAUGCCCUUACUGCGAAAAAGGAUUCAGUAAAAAUGACGGGCUGAAGAUGCACAUUCGUACUCACACCAGGGAGAAGCCGUACAAGUGCUCAGAGUGCAGCAAGGCCUUCAGCCAGAAGCGAGGGCUGGAUGAGCACAAGAGGACGCACACGGGGGAGAAGCCUUUCCAGUGUGAUGUCUGUGACUUGGCUUUUAGCCUGAAGAAAAUGCUGAUCCGACACAAGAUGACCCAUAAUCCCAAUCGCCCGCUGGCUGAAUGCCAGUUUUGCCAUAAGAAGUUUACAAGGAAUGACUACCUCAAGGUGCACAUGGACAAUAUCCAUGGCGAAGCUGACAGCUAGUGGUAGCUGCACAGGAAUUAAGCUAUUCAGAAGGGCUCCUGAUAUGAAACCCAGAUUUCUCUCACCUGAUUAGCAUAGCAGAACUAGGCAAAAGUAAUUCACUGGUCUCAGAGUUCUUAUUUGCCGAACUUUAGAGUCUGUAGAUAAUAUGCCAAAAAAAAACCCCAAAAAACUCCUUUUAUCAAGAAAUGGUACAAAUGGAAAAAAAAAAUAACUUUGUAGCCUUUCAAAAGACUACUGUGUUAUGUCUUAUAAAAAUGGAAAAAGUUGCUAUGGCUCUUCUUCUUGGCCGUCUCUCUAUAAUGAAGUUUAUUAACAUACCCCU